UUUUAUUCGAGAAUUUUUAUUAAAAAUAUUUUCCCGCUUCAAACAUGAACAAAUUAUGGACUGAUAAACCAACAGAUAUCUCCUUGAAGCCUUUUAUACAGUUAUCAACAUUAGGCUAUAGACAUGGACCCAAGCAUAUUAUGAAAUUUAUCAUAAUUCAAUGGGUGAUUUUUGGGCUUCUUGUCCUUUUUUGGUUUGAAUUAUUCGGUGUACCAACUUUGGAAAGUAUCAAAAGUGUCGGGCCAUCUAACAUUCUAAAAAUUGUGAGAGGGGACAAGUCUGACGAAAAUAUGAAAACAUUAUUUGAAUCUCAGAAGACAAUCAAGUGGGUUAGCAACGCAAACACAGCUACAGGAAAAUUUAUAAACACUGAUCCCAAAAUAUCUUAUAUUUACCACAUGAAUGCGUCCCUUGGCGACGCGUUUAGUCAUUCGCUUUCCGCUUUGUUGCAAUCACUGGAAAAUUCUCAGGAUGAUAACGUCAAAAAUGCUAUUUUACUCUCGAUUACUAAGAAUGAUUUACCAAAAACUAAGAAAACCUUAUCAUCUUACAAAGAUUCUAUGAAAGGCAGACUGAAGAUGCUCAUACAUUACGUUCUUCCAAACGUCCAGAAUUCCUUAAGUUUAGAUGAGUUAAACGAAUAUAGUGAGAUUUUACCAAAUGUUGAUGGCUUGGUGUUGAGUCUUAAAACUUCGAAAGCUGAUGAAUUGAAUUGGAAUGCUGUUUAUUACAUUCGCAAAUUUAUGAAUGAAGUUAAAGAUGUCUGGAAAAUAGAACAUUUUCUCUUCGAAAUACAGUCUCAAUUUGAACAUUCACUAAUUGAAUCGAUGGAAGCUUUAUUGUCAAUAAACUGGUUCCACCGAGUUACAAACACCUUAUUUAUUUUACCCUCUUAUCCUCGAAAAGACGACCUAAGCGAAUUUCUAUCGAAUGACCGCUUGGUAUUUAAAGAGGAGACAGUUCUAUUUAACAAGAAACGACGGAAUUCCUCUGAUCUUUUACGCCAGGCUAGCAAUUUCAAAAUGAAUUUCAAAAAUGUCAACGUAGAUUUUGGACAAUCAGUUCAAUGGAAAUCGGAUUAUUGCGUUAUUUUGCAUAAGUAUUAAUUUAAUACUCUUAACGAACUAUAUUAAAUAUAAACAAAGCAAUAUAUAUUCGUUUUUUUUUUCCAGAUCUCAAAUCGAUAUAUCUUAUUCAGCGGCAAAAUAUCCUGUUUUCAAUUUUACGCUAAUCGUUUUAAAUCGGUUGUCAAAGGCAGACGAAACACUAUUGAUUGUUAAAUUUUCUAGGGAUAUUCGAAUGGAAAUUUCAGCAUUUGGUAAAAUUACGAUAAUCGACAAUAAAGCUGAUGAAGAGAAUAUUCUUUGGCUACCUAAUCGAGAAGAUAAUAAACUUUAUAGCCGACGUUAUUUUUUAAAAACUAGGAAUAUUGAGAAACUUUAUAUGGUACAAGUCUUUAAAGAAGAUCGACCUGACGCUAUUCCACUUCAGUCAUUCGAAAUAAGAGAAGAGCGUUCUUUUGGAGGUCACAUUACUCUCGAAAAUGAUAUUUUAUCUCAACCAGUGGUGUUAUGCGGUUUGCGUGUUUGGCUGAUAACAUAAAAGCAAACGCCGGUAACUUGUCAUUUGUUCACACUCAUUGUUUUGUUGGAUUUUUUUUUCAAUUUUUUUUUAUAUGCGUUACUUGUUUGUUUAUUUAUAACUUUCAACAAGAAUAUACUUCCGUCCACUGUUUUUUUGACGUGUUAGAAAAUUCUACACUACUCAACUAUGUAGACUGAAAAGAAACGCAAAUACUAGAUAAUCAACGUUUCGCCGGACGUCAAUAUUCUCUCGCAAGCGUCCAAAUAACUAUGCAUGGCGGCGCCGUCUAUUCGAAUUUGGCAAGAAGAAGAAUCACUGGAAUCUGAAUCGUUAUCAUCACAAACUGGGAGAAGGGAGUUCCUCAUGGAUUUAUUCCAUUCUUGACGCAUCUCUUCUAACUCUUGUCGAGUUUUCACACGAACAGCAUCAUGAAGAUCCUCUAACGAUUUUUGCACAUCCUCCUCGGUUCUAUAGGAGAUUUUUACUGGCUUAUUCAAGUGCGAGUCGGAGCGUUUUACGGGGCUAAUAGGAUUUUCCAAUUUUACAGGAGUAGAUGUUGGCGUACUAGUUUUCUUUGCUGGUGAUUGACUAGGGCUGAAACCUCCGUUGAGGGAUGAAUACCCGUUUCUCUGAGCUGUCCUGAAACUUUUUGAUCUUUUUGGUCGGUAUGGUGAUAAAUCAAAUGAAGUAGGGCUUGGCGAUGGAUCCUUGCUGAUUUUCAGGGUUCUCUGAACUUUUUCCCAAAUGGACGUUUUCUUACUGGUUCGCCAAUCCCAAGUUAACGUGAGCAUCACCUUUCCAUUUCCACCACUCACUUGCCAUUUCAAGGCGUCACUGUGAGGUGUCAAUUGAUUGAGUAGUUGAAUGACUGCAGUAGGCAGUCCGUACGCGCCUUUUAAUUUCGUAUGGCUCAUCUCAUAGCGGAUUCUGUAAGACAUUAAGAAUCAUUACGAAUAAAAUAAGAAAGGAUGAGCAGCUGCGAUCCACAGAAGUGUUUUGUUAGUUAUCCUACGUUCUCACGCUAGAUGUCGCCGAACUAUAAAUUUUAUCUCGUAAUAUUAGAUGUCACUUUUACUGGACAGUUUUCCCUAAGGACAAAGACGGCCUAUACGUAUAUACGGGGUUAAAGGAAUAGGGGGCAAUUUUGAUAUUUACAGUUGAAAGAAAGAGCGUCGCCGAUUUUUGGCCUAACGUCUCGAAGAAUUAAUAAACUAGACGCUGCGGGCUAAAUAAUAUAUUCGUUUAAAAAAUUCCGCCGCAAGUCUAUAUGAGCAAAAAGAAAACAGUUGCAAACUCUGAUGAAUACGAAUGAAAUGGUUUAAAAAUCUGCAAUUUCAUAAAUUGUUCGAUUCUUUUCCCUUAGUUGUCAAUCAGAAUGACCGUUGCUGUCGAUGACACCAAAAGAAAAAAAGAGAAUCGAUUUACGAUAUUAAAUUUUGGCGUCAAACCAAUUUUAGUCGAUUUCUUUUCCUAUUUUAAUGGAUUGUCAAGGGGAUUUUAACGCCCCUUUGGAAAUACUCCUGUCAAACUAACCGGUCAACAUUGUCAUAGAAAAAACAAUUAGACUUAAUGAAUUGAUAUGACAUCGAAGAUAACUAGCUCUUCCAAAGGGACAAGCAUAAUAUUUUAUUAUUCCGUUUCCUUUCAAACGUCAAUACUAUUUAAAUACAUUAAAUGGCAUUUCAAGCCUAAUUUAUAAUUUCCCACUCUUCUUUUCUCAUUGCAGCUCCUCUAUAGGUGAUCAUACACAAUUAAAUCAUCUAAUCUGUUUGGGGAUUGUUACUAUAAGCGCUAAUGGAAAAUAUUUGUAAACUAUAUAUGAAAAGCGUCAAUCAUGGAAAAACAGCGAUAACUUUCAAACCAUAGCUAAUAUCAAUUGUAUCGAUUAAUUAAUACCCUUUAUUCUAUUCAAAUCCCAUUAAAAUCCCUUAUAUCAAAUUCCUACUUACCUAUAAAAUAAUAAACGUAACCGAGCAGGUACAAACGUAUUCCGGGUCGAACAACUGACAGUAGAGUGACGGGAUUGAGAUAUCGCUAGGUGGCGCUUGUAUUUCCACCUUGGCCAAUAAAUAUAUAGAUAAAUACAGUCUCUAAAAUUAUUGUUUUUAUAUUCUCCAAUAAAGAUAAAACCUAAUUGUACAUUAGGCCUAGUUGAAGAUAAGCGUCAAAUCCGCCUUAAGUAC